AUGUCGAGAACUUUCGGUAGUCCAAAACUUUUAACAAUUGUUUUAUCACGCGAACAUGGCUAUGCAGCUGGUGUAGCUUUAUCAUCAUGGGUUGUCUUGCAAUACAUGGGUAUUAAUGUAAUGAAAGCCCGUAAACGAUAUAAUGUUGAAUAUCCAGCACUAUAUGCACCCGACACAAAUCGUCACGCAAAUAUAUUUAAUUGCAUUCAACGCGGACAUCAAAAUACAUUGGAAACUUAUCCACAAUUUCUUCUUAUGUUAGGUUUAGGUUCAAUUCAAUAUCCACUUAUUUCUUCAAUUGGGGGUGCUAUUUGGUUAAUUAGUCGUAUAGUCUAUUUCCAUGGUUAUGCAACUGGUCAACCAGAAAAGCGUCAAUAUAGUGCAUUCGGCUACGGUGGAUUCUUUACCAUGAUGGGAUGUGCCAUCAGAACCAUUUAUAAUCUUGUUCGUGCUUAA